CCGUGGCUAUCUAGUGUCCGGGCCGCCGUCGUUCCGAUCGCUCGCUUUCCAGUCUCGAUUGCGCGGGAGGAAGGAAAGAAAACUUUGGGCAAAGGAUCGCGGGUGCCCGAAGACCGGGAUAAUAAAAACAGGGGUUCGUUUGGGAAGAACAAAAGGGAGCGAGCUAACAAACAACCGUAAAACGCCAGGCAACCGACGCAGUAAACAUCGAAGCUGUUUGAAAAUUUAUUCAUUCAUUCGAGACGAAAGUCGGAGCCGAUCGGCCCGAUAUAUUUGAAAAAAGGAGUCAGAAUCACUGACUGCGAGACGAGGAAUUAAUUAAUCGACGACAACGGUAAUAGCGACCGGUGGAUCAUCGGAGUAAAGGUGGAAGGAUCGACUUGCGCGCGUCUUUCGGCUUCGUAACUCAUAGGCGGCUGCAAGAGAGCACCUUUGCCGCGACACACUUGUACACUAAGUCUCGAGGAACUUUCUCCAUCCCGAGAGCUGUGGAGCCGGUAAAUGUCUUCGGAGUAACGGUGGAGUACGUAUUACGUUCGAGGUGCUGCCGUGCGUAUGGGGCUCUCGGUCGAGUGACCAAAGUAACCAAAUAACCAAGUAACCAAGUAACCAAGUAACGAAGUAACGAAGUACGACGGGCCGGGAUCAGUGCUUGUAACUCUUAAAGUGGAAAGAGACCGUUGAACGUAGUCAGACAUGAGGGUGCACAGAGGAAUAUGCGCCAAACUCCAGGGCGGAUUUCUCAGGCGAUGGUGGGCAGCCGUGGCUGUCGGCGUUCUCCUCAUAAUAAUCGGCGCCGUUCUUGCGACGCUUUUCCCGAAGAUCGUCGACGCUCUCGUCGACAGGGAAGUCGCCCUCCGGGACGGCGGACGGGCUUUUGGAUGGUGGAAGGAACCCCCGGUGAGGCCUAAGAUGUCCGUCUACAUCUACAACGUCACUAAUGCCGACGAGUUCUUGAACAGCGGGGAGAAACCUGCCCUGCAAGAACUCGGACCGUACGUUUACAUCCAACGGUGGUCAAAGACUGACGUCAAGUUCAACAACAACGACACCGUUACUUACAAAAUAAGAAAGGAGUUCGAGUUCGCCCCGGAGCUCUCGGCUGGUUCCGAGGACGAUCUGGUCGUCGUUCCGAACAUCCCGAUGCUCUCAGCGACGAGUCAGUCGCGACACGCAGCGCGUUUCCUGCGUCUGGCAAUGGCCUCGAUAAUGGACAUCCUGAAGAUAAAGCCAUUCGUCGAGGUCUCGGUCGGCCAGCUGCUUUGGGGCUACGAAGAUCCGUUGCUCAAGUUGGCGAAGGACGUCGUCCCGAAGGAGCAGAAGCUGCCCUACGACCAGUUUGGCUUACUGUACAACAAGAACGGGACCGCGCCGGAUCUCUACACUAUCUUUUCGGGUCAGGACGACAUCACCAAGUACGGAAUGGUGGAACGGUGGAACGGCAAGAAGGGACUCGGACACUGGUCAACCCCGCACUGCGACAGCGUCGCCGGAAGUGACGGCAGCAUAUUCCCUCCCCACAUCACGAAGCACACGAUCCUCCGCGUAUUCGACAAGGAUCUUUGCCGCGCUUUGCCCCUCGUCUUCAAGCAAGAGGUUAUGACCGCGGGUGGAGUUCCUGGAUACAGAUUCGUUCCUCCUGCGGACGUCUUCGCUUCUCCGUCACGCGUUCCCUCCCAGAAAUGCUUCUGUCCUGCUGGUCCACCCUGCGCUCCCGAGGGAACAUUCAACGCGUCUCUCUGCCAAUACGACUCGCCGGUUCUUCUCAGUUUUCCGCAUUUCUACUUGGCCGAUCCGAUGCUGCGAGAGGCAGUUACGGGGAUUUCGCCUGGUGAAGCUGAUAAACACCAGCUCUUCAUCGAUGUUCAACCCAACAUGGGUACAGCCCUGAGAGCCAGGGCUCGUGUACAGAUAAAUCUGGCCGUCAGCCAGGUGAGCGACAUUAAACAAGUCGCUACCUUCCCCGACAUCGUGUUUCCGAUCAUGUGGUUCGACGACGGAAUCGAUGAACUUCCGACGGAAAUGAGGUCUCUGUUAAAAAUGGCCGUCGACGUUCCUCCGAUCGCUCGAGCAGCGGUUUCCGGUGCGCUGGGAGCGAUCGGUUUGAUCGUCCUUAUCGGCGCCCUGAUGUGCCUGGCGAGGGCGGCGAGACGCCAAGAAAAGCUCCACCUGAGCAACCCGCUUCCGGCGAACGGGAAAACCGGCAUGAGCCCGGGUUUCCAAAACCCAACGGGAGCCUCGUAACUCCCUUUUUGACAAUAUAUAUAAAUAUAUAUAAAUAUAUAAACUUUAUACAUGUAUAUACAUAUAUGUGUGUAUAUAUAUUAUAUAUAUAUAUAUAUAUGUACAACGUACACGUACAUCCACAUUGGCAAAGUAGGUGCGGCCAUCGUCUCCCUAUAUUUUGCGCAGUCUCGAUUCUGAGAGUAUGAAUUUCGAGAAUCGACGAUAUUGUUGUGUUUUUUCCCCUCUCAGUUUCAUUCUUUCUUAACAAUCUUCCUUUACGUCAUGUCACAUUUGUAUUACGUGCCACAGUUUAACCUAUUGUUAUGACACUGUUUUCGUCGAUCAAAUUUCAUUUUGAAUACAAUCGUUUAAUUAUAUUUUCUUUCAAUUAUUAUUAUUAUUAUUAUUAAUAUUUUUUUUCUGGGUUUUCCUUCUCACUAAUCUUCUUUGCAUUACCUCUUUUCACGUUCUCAUAAUGUACAUAAUGCGUAAUACAAAUUUCGUAACUACUGCAAAUCUUCAUGUAUCAUACGCAUGCAGAUAGUUACAUAAUAUGGUAGGAGACAAUUAAACACGAUAAUACCAAUAUGGAGCGUUUAACAAGAACGCAGAGAGUCUGGCACUCGCAAUUGACAAUAGUAAUAAUAUAGUAGAUAUUUUAUUUCCUGUAACAAUCGCAUCGCAUGUAACGAAAGUAACGUCGACGUUGUAUCUAUAGUCGCACAUUAGCGGAAAGUAUUCAUUUUAGGAAAUUGUUGUUCUUAUUAAUAUUAUUAUUAAGUUCAUUAAUCUUUUAAUUAAAUCCGAAUUGACCGAACGUGCCUUCAAAUUUUUAACUAAAAAAUUUUACUGUAAUUAUGAUACGCGAAAUGAAACGCACGAAGAAUCUUGCUAAAUUUUCCAUUAAAUUAAUCAGUUGAGCCAACGACUUUUGUAAAUACAAUAUCAAUAAACGAAAUAAAUAUUGUGAAAAUCAAUUACAUGCUCGAUAAUAUCGCGAACGGUAGAUAAAAGGCAUUCCGUAUAUAUUCAAACAUAGAUGAAAAGUACGUAAUUUAUUUGCAAAGACGAGAUGAUUCAAAAAAUCCUUGACCACGCUUUGUUAGUUUCUCCACACUGUAUACGAAUGUAAUAUUCAACUGAUAUUUUCAUCACCUGGCCGUUUUAAUGCGCGAAGAAGUCGCCAUAGAUGUAUGUGAAAUUGUCUGUGAAAUUUAACACUCGGUAAUUUAGUAUUACAACGGUUGUUAUAAGUAUUACUUUUAUUCUUAGCUCGUCCGAAGCGGAACUUGUAUCGUCGUCAGUAUGAAACGGAUUCCCGUUGAAUUAGUACGAGAGUUGGGCAAGCGGGUAUAAAGUCAGCUUAUGUUUUAAUCUGCUCGCAGUUGUGACUGUUAAUCGGAUACUUCGUAUGUUUUUACGACAGAAUUGACCAGUUGAUCAAUUUAUAAUUAUACCGAAGCCUCGGACUAAAUAUUUGUCUGACAAUGAUAUGUCGCAUAGCUGCAGGGAAUAACACAAUGUUUGUCCGAGAUAUUGAGUGGCGGAGGAAGGCGAGAAAAUAAGUUCGAUUGUUAUAAGCCAGGCAUGUAUAAUACACGUGUAUGCUUAUAAAUUUGUUAUAAAUUGAUUUCUUGGUAUGUUAUUAUAGUACGUAUUAUUUGUUUUAUGAUUAUGUAUAUUCUAUAAAUAUAAAUUAUUAGUUCGGUAACGUUUUAAGCACGUAUAUUAGUCAUACAUCACGCUCAAUAUCCAACGAACUAGACGGACCAUUAGUAUCUAUAUCGUUAUACGUAUGUUAUAUUUAUACAUAUAUGGUGGUUAAUAUAGUAUAAAAGGAAUGCAACGCAAAGUGUAAUUAUAAAGUACGCGUAGAAAUGUAAAUCAUGCGUACAAUCGGGUGUAAGAUAAUUUACAUGAAUGAAUCUCUUUCGUCUUAUUCGUCCAAUUUCUCAAGUAAAUUCCAGCAGAUCUUAAGAUCUGCGUAUAAAUACACCGCAGUUUUGAAAUUUUUUAAUAAACUUUAAUGCGUCCCGGGGACAACUAUUAUUUUACAAUAUUAUGUGUUAUAAUUACUCAAUCACUGUGUUCUACUUAUAUUUGUAGUAACGCCUGGUGCAGCAACGCGUUAUUACAACUAAUACACCGUCCGUAGUUUACACGUUGCACGAUUCUGCGAAGGAGAAGAUAUCCGUGAUAUCCUUAUCGUCGAUGUGUAACGUACAAAAUACAGAGAAAUCGUGCGAUGAUUACGUGCAUAUGCGUAAUCACACGAGAAAUGCGAUCAAGGACAAAUAUUUAAAAUACGUAAGAGAAAGUAGAGUGAAGAAACCUCUUGUUUCGAUGUAAUUAUAUUGACAGAAUUAUUACACUACAAUAUUAUGAUAAUUAUUAUUAUUAUCAUUUCUUUGUACAUGUUUUGAGUUGUAAUGUUACUAUGCAUAUAUAUUGUUAUUUUAA